UCUUCACGAUUCCUUUGCUUUCCACCCACGAAUGCUCACCUCUCUUGUCUAAUUCCUUAAUCCACCCCUUUUUUCUGCCUCAAUUUCCGGAUUUCAUGUAUGAAACGCACACAAUUAAUCCUAUUUUGGAUAAAUUUAUGGAUCAGAUAGAUGAUUCUCAAGUUAUAUAGCACUUGCGUCUGCUACUAUACAAAGAUCCCAGUUGUUGAAACCGUUUAUUGAUUCAAUUAGUUUAACAAAUUGAUGAUUCAUUGGAUCUCAAUUGCAUGCCCGUUGAAGAAAUUCGAGAAAAGACGAUAAAUUUUGUAAUAUGAUGUCUGGGUUAUGGAGAUGGAGGAAGUUUCGAGAUGUUGUAGUUGCUAGAACUGCAGCGACGAGAUUUUCUUCAUCGAACACAUCGAAUCGUGGGGUUAUGAAAGGCGUGUUAAACGCCGGAGUUCCUGGUCCGUACAUUCGUCGAAGGUCGCUGAUUGGUGUGCAAACUCGAUGUAAGUGGGACCAUAGCGGUGGUGGUUGUGAUGAUAAUAAUCGUAGAACAUCGUCGAUGACACGGAGGAUUAAGGCUGAAAUUAACUGCCCUCGUUGUUGUAAGCAGAUGGAUCUCGAUUUUUUCGAUAACCGCCACCUCAUUCCGCCACCUUCCUCCGACACCGCUGCCGGAGAUGAAUUGGAAACAUCUCCCGAUCUCGGUUCCGAUGUUGAUAGGAAAGGGGGUCACCUGCCGGUGAAUUUGUGCCCCAACUGUAAAUCUUCUUUCUACUUCCGGCCGUAUAAGAUGGCUCCUCUCCAGGGUAGGUUUGUUGAAAUCGGUAGAUUUAAAAAUGGUAAUGGUAAGGAUAAGAGGCACUUUAAUGAUGAAGAUGAUUAUGGAAACAAGCUUAGGGCUUCAUUUUGGGAUACUUUGCGUUCUUAUGGUGGUGACCCGCCGGAGAAUUGGACAAAUCUUCCUCCUCCACCGCCAUCUAGAACUGGACUCGCUGUGCAUUCUCCGCGAAGUCCUCCUUUUCCGCCAGGGAUCAAUGUAAUUCGUGCAGAUGGUGGUGACAAUGGGAAACGUGGUGGUGGAGAGAAGAACAGCGGGUGGGGCGGGUCGAAUAUGGGGAAGAAUCUGCCUACUCCAAAGGAGAUUUUCCAGGGACUUGAUAAGUUUGUCAUUGGUCAAAAUCGUGCGAAAAAGGUGCUAUCUGUGGCUGUAUAUAAUCAUUACAAAAGGAUACAUCAUGCUUCUUUGCAGAAAGGGUCAGGAGUAGAAUCAGGAAGAGGUAGGUUGGAAGAUGAUGACGGUAAUGUAGAUUUAGAGAAAAGCAAUGUACUCCUAAUGGGGCCAACUGGCUCAGGGAAGACAUUACUUGCAAAGACCCUUGCUCGUUUUGUUAAUGUUCCCUUUGUCAUUGCUGAUGCAACAACGUUAACACAGGCUGGUUAUGUUGGUGAAGACGUUGAAUCUAUAUUACAUAAGCUACUUACGGUUGCCGAAUUCAAUGUUCAAGCAGCACAACAAGGGAUGGUUUACAUCGAUGAAGUUGAUAAGAUAACCAAGAAGGCUGAGAGCGUUAACAUUAGCAGGGAUGUUUCUGGCGAGGGUGUUCAGCAAGCUCUACUUAAGAUGUUGGAAGGAACAAUAGUAAAUGUGCCUGAAAAAGGAGCCAGGAAGCAUCCUCGAGGCGAAAACAUUCAGAUCGAUACCAAAGACAUCCUUUUCAUCUGUGGUGGAGCAUUUGUAGAUUUGGAAAAAACCAUAUCUGAGAGACGACAGGACUCUUCGAUUGGUUUUGGAGCACCUGUUCGUGCUAAUAUGAGAAGCGGCAAACUGACUAAUGCUGCCGUGACAUCAUCUUUACUUGAAUCUGUUGAAAGUAGUGAUCUUAUAGCUUAUGGACUCAUUCCUGAGUUUAUAGGUCGUUUUCCCAUUUUACUUAGUUUAUCGGCUCUAACUGAAGACCAACUUGUUCAGGUCCUCAUGGAACCAAAAAACGCUCUCGGUAAACAGUACAAGAAGUUGUUUCAGAUGAACAAUGUGAAACUACAUUUCUCGGAGAAGGCACUAAGGUUGAUUGCUCAAAAAGCUAUGGUUAAAAACACUGGCGCUAGAGGGUUACGAGCCAUACUUGAAACUCUUCUAACCGACUCUAUGUAUGAGAUUCCAGAUGUCAGGACGGGAGAUGAUCGAGUAGAAGCUGUGGUGAUUGACGAGGAGUCGGUUGGCUCGGUAGAUAAAGCCGGAUGUGGUGGAAAAAUUCUUCACGGGGAUGGUGCAUUAGAUGAUUAUCUUGCAAGGAUCAAGUGUAAACAACAAACGGAAGCCGAAGAGCAGUUGUUGGAAGGCGACGAAGACGUCUCAUCAAAAGCCAUGAGCAUGUAAGAUUACAACCGUUACAGUUACACUUACAUUUACAGUUUAAUUUAGUGUAGAAAAGCCGCGUUGUUGAUGGCAUUGUAAAAAAACCGAACUGGUGUAAAUUUUCUCGAUGUAGAACGUAGUGUCUGAUUCGGGUUAAAUUGAUAGACGGGCAAGAAAAUAAGAAAUAAUGUCGGUUAGAAUAGGGAAAAUGUAAAAUCGUUUUUAAGUCUUACGCUGUAAAACAACCCUCCGAAUCCGAAAUGCAAGAUUCAGCCGAUUUAU